AUGGAUGAGUCAAAUGUGACAGCUUUCGUCGACCAGGAGUUCCAGAAUGCCUCGACCAGCAGAAAUUCCUCUGUUGGGAACGCGGCGCCACACAUCCCUGUUGUGCACUGGGUCAUUAUGAGCAUCUCCCCGUUGGGCUUUGUGGAGAACGGGAUCCUCCUCUGGUUCCUCUGCUUCCGGAUGAGAAGAAAUCCCUUCACUGUCUACAUCACCCACUUGUCCGUUGCUGAUAUCUCAUUACUCUUUUGUAUUUUUAUUCUGUCUAUUGACUAUGCUUUAGAUUAUGAACUCUCUUCCGGCCAUUACUACACGAUCGUCACACUGUCGGUGACUUUUCUGUUUGGCUACAACACAGGGCUCUACCUGCUGACGGCCAUUAGUGUGGAGAGGUGCCUGUCUGUCCUCUACCCCAUCUGGUACCGAUGCCACCGCCCCAAGCACCAGUCAGCAUUUGUCUGUGCCCUCCUGUGGGCUCUUUCCUGCCUGGUGACCACCACGGAGUACAUCAUGUGCAUUGACAGUGAGAAGGACAGCCACUCUCGCGGUGACUGCCGGGCAGUCAUCCUCUUUAUAGCUGUCCUCAGCUUCCUGGUCUUUACCCCACUCAUGCUGGUGUCCAGCACUAUCUUGGUGGUGAAGAUCCGAAAGAACACAUGGACUACGCAUUCCUCGAAGCUGUACGUGGUCAUCAUGGUCAGCAUCAUCAUUUUCCUCAUCUUUGCUAUGCCCAUGAGGCUCCUCUACCUGCUGUACUACGAGGACUGGUCCGCAUUUGGGACUCUACAUAACGUCUCUCUGCUCUUCUCCACGAUUAACAGCAGUGCCAACCCUUUCAUUUACUUCUUUGUGGGCAGCAGUAAGAAAAAACGAUUCAAGGAGUCCUUAAAAGUAGUUCUGACCAGGGCUUUCAAAGAUGAGAUGCACCCUAGACGCCAGGAUGAGAGCGGCAAUACCGUCUCCGUGGAGACUGUUGUCUGA